AAUCUUCUUACCUUACGCGAAACAAAUCUAGAUCUAGAUCUAAAAACAGUUCGUUUAUAUAAUUUUUCAUAUUAGUACCGGAUUAUAUACAUGUGAACAAGAAUCACUAUGCCCGACCCCGAACGUCGGCGUAGAAGACCACCCGUUUCGUGUUCCCUGUGCCGGAAGCGCAAGAUCCGGUGCAACCGGGAGAGUCCGUGCAGCAACUGUCUUAGAUCAAGGCACCACAACGGGGACUGCGUCUACGAGGAGCUUCCUCCUCACCGUCCGGCACGGGCAACAACCACCGCUGGACCCGGCCUAGACCCUGCCGAGGAAAUAACACAGCUCCCGAUCCUUAUCCAUGGAACUUCCAGUCACACCAGCACAUCUUUAUCCCCCACGACACUCAGCCAUGCAUCCAACCCCUUCCACCCAUCUUCUAUCCAGAAGGUCAGCAGCAGCAGCUCCACGGCAGCCUCAACUCUCAACAGUAGUGAGCCUUCACCAUCAGAGAUCGAGGCCCUGAAACGGCGGAUCAGAUGCCUCGAGGAGCAGCUGUCUAGCCAUGCUGCUGCUAGCCAAUCUUCUUCCACUACCAGAACUUCCGCGCUAUGGAAAUGCAGCCCCACCUCUAAUAACAUAGAGACGAUAUCGUCUCGUAUCAGCGGGACCUUCUACAUCCAUCAUGAGGGCCGCCAAUCUCCGGCCAUCUCCCGGAGCGUCACGCACAAGAACCGGAUAUUUGGGCAGAGCCACUGGGUCAAUGGCUUUUCACUAAUGCGAGACAUAAUCGACCUGAUCGAGCCGCACGUGCGCGACAACUCCAAAGCCGCCCUCCUAAUGCAGCGAUCCAAGGAGCUCGCCCGAAUCAUCAAGGCGCGGCGAGCGCCCCCCUGGCCCUCGCUAACGGUAUCCCACCUCCCCCCCAAGGACGUCGCCGACGAGCUGCUGGACUGCUACCUCCGGACCACGGAGCCCAUCUACCGAGUCCUGCACAUCCCCACUUUCAAACGAGACUACGAGGCCCACUGGAUCUCCCCCGCCAGCACCAACAAGGCGUUCCUCGUGCAGAUGAAGCUCGUCCUCGCCAUCGGCGCCGCCACCUACGACGACAAGUUCACCCUCCGCGCCUCGGCGAUCCAGUGGGUCUACGAAGCGCACACCUGGAUCUCGGAGCCGGGGUUCAAGCACCGCCUCAGCGCGCAGUACAUCCAGACCAACAUCCUGCUCCUCCUCUCCCGCGAGAUCGUCGACGUGGGGCCCGACCUCGUCUGGGUCGCCGCCGGCUCGCUGCUGCGGCGCGCCAUGCACAUGGGCCUGCACCGCGACCCCGCGCACCUGCCCAAAACCACCACCUUCGUCAGCGAGAUGCGCCGGCGGCUGUGGAACUCGGUCCUCGAGCUCUCGCUGCAAUCGAGCCUGACCUCGGGCGGCCCGCCGCUCAUCUCGCUCGACAUGUUCGACACCGCGCCGCCGGGCAACUUCGACGACGAGCAGCUGCUGCUGCUGCCGGCGGCGUCCUUCGAGGACCCACGGGCAGCAGAAGAAGAAGAAGAAGAAGAAGAAAGGAGCGCGUUCACGCAGAUGUCGACGGCGCUCGCGAUCCGCAGGACAUUCGCCGCGCGCCUCGCCGUCGCGCGGUUCCUGAACAGCCACGGCUCGCGCGGCACGUACGCGGAGACGCUGCGGCUCGACGCCGAGCUGCGGGCCGCGUACAGGCCCGUGCUGCAGAGCUUCCAGGCCUACAGGUCCAGCGCGGCGGGGCCCCGGCCCUCGCAGUACGAGAUGGACGUGGUGAGCCUCAUCGUGAACCGCUACGUCCUGUCCCUGCACGUCCCGUUUGUGGGGCCGGCGCUGCACGAGGCGCCGUACGCGUACUCGCGGAAAGUGGCCGUCGAGACCGCGCUCAAGAUAUGGCGGCUGGUGUACCCCUCGCCGCAGCAGCAGCAGCUCACCACCCCCAACCCCACCUCCCCCCACGACCUAUCCCGCCUCUCCGUCAGCGGCUCCGGCUUCUUCCGCAUCGUAACCCUGCAAGCGAGCCUCCUCAUCGCCACCGAGAUCCGCGCCCAGAUCGCCGAAGAGGAGACACUGGGCCCGGGCUUAGUGCGCGCAGACCUCGUGUCCACGCUCGCAGAGGGCAAGAGCUGGACGCUGAAGAGCGUCGAGGCGGGCGAGACGAGCAUCAAGGGGCACUUCAUCGCGUGCGUGAUCGCGGCGCAGAUCGAGGGGCGGAUGCGCGGGCUGCGCGGCGACGAGCUCACGCGCUUCGUGGUGCGGGCUGCGGAGGACGCCGAGGAGAGGUGCGUUCCGCUGUUGGAGGAGAUGGUGGCGGCGGCGGAGACGCGGGAGCAUGAUAAUAAUAAUAACAACAACAACGAUAACAGCACGUCUGAGACGACGCCGUCGCAGACUUUUGGGGAUUGGGAUUUCGUGAUGUCGGAUUGUCGGUUUGAUUUCGAUGAUACCGAGCCGAUUAAUUGGGCUUUUGACGAGUUUUCGCAAGGGCCUAUUAUUUGACCAGAUUUAGGUACCUAGGUAUCUACUUAAGCACUGGGGAGCUUUAGUUUCUGUAAGAAUAGCUGGUGGUUAAGACAAGGUGUCUUUGAUAUUAGAAGAUUACGCCCCUCCUUAGUAUUACAUAGUAACCUUAGGUAAGUAGAUAAAGAUCGCAGUCCUGGAAGAGCUGACGCCCCCCUUAUCCUAAUUGCUCAUACGGGAGUCCUGUACCUUCCGUAUGAAAAGCACUGCAUACUAGGUACCUAAUAAAGCAUCGUCUCCCUGACUCCUUCUAAA